AUGGGUAAAGUUAGCCGGAUCGAGCGAAAGUACCAAUUCGGUUGGCGGGUGAUCACUAGCCUAGGCAGGCUAACACCAUUGUUAUUUGCAAGACCUCGUUAUGCUGUGUUCUUCACUAUCCUUACGCUUGCUUGUGCUAUAGGAAAUGAAGUAGUGGCACAGAAGUCUGGCACCAUUACGGGACGAUUCUACAAAUGUUUGCUCAAAAGAGAUGAAGCUGCAUUCUGGAACACUUUCACUAUUGCCACUGGUAUAUUCACUGGACAAUGUGUGUUACUAGCUGGUAUAGCGCUCUUUUCAUGGUGCCUUUACCUCAGUUUCCGCAAAAAUUUUGUCACAUCACUUCAUCAAAUGUACUUCGGCCACAAUCUUUAUUACGCUCUCAAUAGUAUAGACAAUAAAGGAAUCGAUAAUCCAGAUCAACGUAUAACACAAGAUGUAGAAAAAUUGUGCAGACUGCUGGCAACAAAAAUUACACCAUCGUUGCUGAUAGCACCUUUUGUUAUAGGAUAUUAUACUUAUAAAACUUGGCAAACGGCUGGUGGAUUCGGCGUCGGAAUUAUCUAUGCAUUUUUCGUGAUUGGUGCUGUUCUUAAUCGCAUUUUGAUCUCGCCAGUUACUAAAUGGGCGGCAAAAGUGGAAAAAGCAGAAGGAGAUUUUCGGUUCAAGCACGUAUCCGUCCGAAAUAAAGCUGAAGAAAGUGCUUUCUAUCGUGCGGCGAACUUUGAGAAAACUGCCUGUGAUGAAGUUUUUAUGACACUUUGGGACAGGCAAUUGCGAUUUAAUGCCUUUUUCUACAUCUAUCUGAUCAAUAGUUUUACACGCCUCACAGAUCUUGCCCUUAGUAUAGGAGAACUGGGCGGUUAUGUGCUAAGGGUUUGCGAGAUAGUGCAGUAUUCGCAACAUAGAGAAGAAUAUGGCGGACUUGACAAUGAGGGUUUCAUGGACACUGAUGAUAGCGCCAAAACUGCCGACAAUAUCUCUUUCAGUGUACGGAACUUAUAUUUUUCAAAACCUUAUGAUGAAGAUGAUAUCCUUAUUUCCGAUCUGAAUGUAGACAUUCCAACAGACAAAAAUUUGAUUGUUACUGGACCCAGUGGGGCUGGAAAGUCGUCGUUGCUGCGAAUUCUAGCCAACCUAUGGCCAAUUAAAUCAGGUACCUUUUCACUUGAACACAAACAAAUUGCCCAUUUUAUCAUCGCCCUUUCCAAGUUUUAA